AUGGCAGACGUUGACAACAAAGAACAGUGUGAACUUGAUCAAGAUUUGGAUGAUGUUGAAGAAGUAGAAGAAGAAGAAACUGGUGAAGAAACAAUAAUCAAAGCACGUCAGCUGACUGUUCAGAUGAUGCAAAAUCCUCAGAUUCUUGGAGCCCUUCAAGAAAGACUUGAUGGUCUGGUAGAAACACCAACAGGAUACAUUGAAAGCUUGCCUAGGGUAGUUAAAAGACGAGUGAAUGCUUUCAAAAAUCUUCAAGUUAAAUGUGCAUAGUUAGAAGCCAAAUUCUAUGAGGAAGUUCAUGAUCUUGAAAGGAAGUAUGCUGUUCUCUAUCAACCUCUAUUCGACAAGCAAUUUAAGAUUAUUAAUGCAACUUAUGAACCUAGGAAAGAAGAAUGUGAAUGGAAAGCAGAUGAAGAAGAUGAAAUUUUGGAGGAGCUGAAAGAAAAGGCCAAGAUUGAAGAUGAGAAAAA